AUGAUUAUGCAUGGUACCUGGUACAAGGGACCUCAGUUGGCGCAUCAUCCUCACGGCAGCACCCACAGCCACAAUCACAGCGACUACCAUCAGUUCCGCUCGUACCCCUCCUUCGUUGUGACGCCCUACCACGAUGGCCAUGUCCAGGGUUCGGCUACGCCAACGCCCUGCAACGGUCCAGGUCCGCACCCAGCUCCAGUCUCGCUACCCGUCUGUCAAACCGGCCACGGAUCACCUAUAAUUGUCGAGGGAUCCUUUGCCGCCGCCGCUGCAGCCGCCGCAGCUGCUGCCGCUACUGCCGCUGCAUCCGUUGCCGUCGGAGGAGCUAGUGCCACACCCCUGCUGCCCAGUCCGCCCAUCAAGAUCGAGCAGGUCUUUGGUGAGCCAUCCGCAUCCUCGCUGGGAGUCGUCGUCGAGGACUACGCACUGAGCCUGGACUCCGUGGAGCAUACGUUUAGGAAGCCCCACAACAACAACAACAAUAAUAAUAAUAACAACAACAACAACAAUAACAACAGUGGCUAUUCUUGGUCAAGCAGCAGCAACAACAACGAAGUCGUGAACAACCAUCCAAACACACCACCCACUCCGCCCCACGAGACGACUCCAGUGUCCGCAAUUAAUUUGAAUCAAACCCAACCCGCAUCACAGACGCGUCCAAACUUUGGCAGCUCCAUAAAGUCACCACCGUCAGAGCCGGACGCGGUCAGAGUCGCCGCCACGUGCAAAAGUCAGGAGACCGACUCGACUCCACAGCCCAACAACUCCAACUCCAAUCAGAGCUCCAACUCUCAUCAGUCUCACUCACAGAACCAUACCCAUAGCCACUCCCAUUCCCAUCAAAACCCCAAUUCCAACUCAACGGCCGCCGCUGUGGCCGCUGCCGCUGCCGCCGCCGCCGCUGCCAACAUGCCGAUCGGCGGCGUCCAGGGCCAGAAUCCCACCCAGGGUCUGGUCCACUGGAUGAGCGCCGUGAUGGCCGAGCACAUGACCGGCCAGACGCACCACGAUCCCAGUGCCGUGGGCAUGCACUACAUGUGGAACGGCAACGUUGAUCAUGCCAAAGACAUAAGCGAUUACAAUCUUUGGCCGCCGACGCCGCGCAGUCAUCAGCAUGCCAGCGAGCAUCAUCCGAUGUCCCUGAAACAGGAGUACGAGGCCAAAAUGAACGAUCACCACCACAACAAUCUGCAGAAAGGUCACUUUCUGGAUGACAAUCGUCUGGAGCAUCAUGCGGUUACGGGACAAGGUGGCCUGGGUCUUGGUGCAUCCAAUGGCCCUGGCGGCGGCGGCGGAGGAGCAGGCGGUGCUGGCUCUGGCGGUGGCAACACCAGCCUGGGUCCCACCUCUCACCAUGCCGCCGCCGCUGCUCAUCAUCACAACCAAGCGGUAGCUGCCGCCUCCGCGGCCGCCCUGCUGGUGGUGCCACAGCCUAUCAAUGCCAGUAAAAUGGGCGGACCCGGCGGUGUCGCCUCGGUGGCCGGCGCACAUGCCGGCGGCACUGGCAGCGGACGCAAGUAUCAGUGCAAAAUGUGCCCCCAGAUCUUCAGCUCGAAGGCGGACCUACAGCUGCACACGCAAAUCCAUAUGCGGGAGGCGAAGCCGUACAAGUGCACGCAGUGUUCAAAGGCGUUCGCCAACUCGUCGUAUCUGUCGCAGCACACGCGGAUCCACCUGGGCAUCAAGCCGUACCGCUGCGAGAUCUGCCAGCGCAAGUUCACGCAGCUCUCGCACCUGCAACAGCACAUCAGGACGCACACGGGCGAUAAACCGUACAAGUGCCGGCAUCCCGGCUGCCAGAAGGCCUUCUCGCAGCUCUCGAACCUGCAGUCGCACUCCCGCUGCCACCAGACGGAUAAGCCCUUCAAGUGCAACUCCUGCUACAAGUGCUUCUCGGACGAGCCCUCGCUCCUGGAGCACAUACCCAAGCACAAGGAGUCCAAGCACCUGAAGACGCACAUCUGUCAGUACUGUGGCAAGUCCUACACGCAGGAGACCUACCUGACUAAGCACAUGCAGAAGCACGCCGAGCGGACGGACAAGAGGCCACCGAUUGUACCGGGCAGUGCAGCUGCCCUGGCAGCGGCUGCCGCUGCCGCCAAUCCCGCCAACGGACCUCCUCAGCAGACGCCCACCAAUACCCAAUCCGCCGCCGCCGCCGCAGCCGCUCAGCACCAACGCAAUAACCUGGGCCUUCCACCCGUUUCCAUAGCGCCCAGCGAUAAUGGCUAUUGGCCCAAGGUGAGUCCGGACUCUGCCGCUGCCGCCAAUGCCAUGGAGGUGAUGCAUCAACAGCAGCAGCAGCAGCAACAGCAGCAGCAACAACAGCAGCAGCAGCAACAGGCCCAUCAUCAUCAUCCACAGCACGGAGUGCCCCCGCAGCAACAUGUCCCGCCACAGCAGCAGCAGCAACAACAACAGCAGCAACAGCACCAUCAUUCACAGCAGCAGCAGCCGCCGCCGCAGCAUGGCAUGGAGGCGCACUACGUCCAGCCGACGGCGCCGAACAGCGCCCAGAGCAAUGGGCACGGAACGGAGCUGCAGACGCACCAUCGCAUGCCGGAUCCAGUGCGGGAGGAUAUAGUUUCGACUCCCAGCGCCGUGGGCCCCUACGAUGCAGCGUCCAUUGCCAAGAGCGCCAGCAACUCGGCCUUCACGCCGAUCAACUCCAUGCCGCCGCACCUAAAUUCGCUGAGCCACCAUCCGAUGGCCCAGCGGCCCUAUCUCUACGAUGCCAUCAGCUUCCCGAACAAGAACGUGAACCAGAACAAUGCCAACGCGUUCCCCAACCAGCUGAUCUCGCUGCACCAGAUCCGCAACUAUGCCCACCAGCCGGCGGGCCUGAUGGCCGGCGAGCACCUCCUGGGCGUGAGCGUGGGCCCGGGCAAGGAGAAGGGGUAGCUAGGGUCGUACUUCUAAGUUUCGCGUUAACAGACCACGAUUAUUUAUCCCAGCAAGGACGAGGCGUGCAUUCCUGUACAGUAUUAAUUUGUAGUUAGUCGUAGAGCGUUAGGGACUGAUGGUAGUUUCGACAGGUUCUGUUUCGGUUAAGGUAACUGGAGGUUAAGCCACAAUGCGUAUUCUGAUUUGACUAACACCGUCCAAGCCUAAGUUUACACGAUGUCUCGGAAUAUGAACUCCACCCUCUGUCCGGCAAAAGUCUCUCCCUCCCAUCCAUAAGUUGUCCAAGACGUCGUCUAUAUGGCUCAGUAUGUAUAUAUAAUUGAUAAUGUAUUUAUUUUCGAUGCACAAACGGAUCUCGCAGUCCUGAAUCAAUGGCAGAGUUGAAAUCAGAAGCUGCAAACUACGCCGAUAUAUGUACAUAAAUAUACAUCAACCUAAAGAAACUAACCGGCAAAAGUAAUUUACAUUAAAUCUUCAUAAAUAUAUAUAAAUAUAUAUUUGUUUACGUGUAUCGUAUUAAAUUCAGAAAUUUCUGAAAGAAGUUUCUCGUGAACAAAACAAAAUAAAAUAAAGUUAAUUAAAAUUCAAAACUAUAGAUGGAACUAUGCGAUAGAUGAAAAAACUAUUUUGACAGAACAUUUUCUAAGUACAUAGAUGUUGGCAGAGGCAAAACCCGAAGACGGAUUCAAACAGAGAGCCCACACAGAGAUGUUGUAUUACUUUUUUGGAAAGACUGAAGUGAUCAAAAUUAACGAAAAAGAAAAAGAAAACCGAACACCAUAAGGAUAAAGAUAAAGCUAACGAUAUCAAACAUUUUAAAGAGAGUUUUUACCGCAGUUACUAAGCAAAACUGAAUGUGUCCUAUAAAAUUUCGUACUAAAUGGCAGAAACUAAACCUAAAUACGAGUAUGGCAACAUCAAAUGUAAUGUAUUAUUAACUAAAGUAAUUUUAACUUUAAUAUUAAUAUAAAUCUAACUAAAUAUUAACUAACCCAUAGCUAGUGUUUAACUCCAGAAUGCAAUCUCAAUGUAAAGAAAACAAAAGCAAAAACAAAACCACAACAAAAUACCUACCUUGUAAGUGAAUAGCAAAAUGAACUCUGACCCACAAC